AAAAGUAGGCCUAAAGAAAAAGAAUUUGCGAGUGUGAAAAUCACAACGAAUUGGAACCCCAUACUUUCUGCUGUUUAUGCAGACGCCUUUACCAACUGGGCCAUAGGAAGUUCGACUCCGAUUUGAGGCAAUUGAUAUACAAAUAAGCAUAGCAUAUGGAUGGGUCAGUCGAAGAUUUAUAGAUAAAUCCUAAACUUAACAGUAAAUUAUAUGCCAGCAUUGUUCAUCUGUUUACUUUCUGUUUAACGUGUGUGUUUGAGUGACCAUAGUGCUCCUUCCCCACACACAUAAGACUCAAAGAGUUACCUCCGAUCGAAUUCGAAUUUACCACUAAGCAUCAGAGACCCAAUUGGUUAAGGAAUCUGACAACUGGCUAUCCUGUGGUACCUAUAGUACAGACUUUUAUUGUUUUACUAGCUGGAUAUAGGAGCUUCCGUGACACUAUUACAUGGGAAAAAGGAUUGUGGCGAGCUAUAUAUACAGCUAUACGUGACUUCUUUUACUGGCUGUUUUUCAGUUCACGGAGAGAGGCUAAUAAGCUGGACUUCGCUGUAUUGAUAAUAAAGGGUCAGAUGGGUGGACCAAGCAUAUCAAUCCCAGAUAAAGUUGUGCCUGUUGCUGACGCAAUAAAAUCUGCAAUAGGUCGCCAUCCAGUCGUCGUUGUCACUGCAAAAGAUUCCAUGAACGAUGAAGACAGAACAAUUUUUGAAACGUCAUUACAUGGUUUUGGAAUCCCUCGCGUCGUUUUCAUCGAAAAUUACUUGAUAGAGGAUGAUGGAACUACUCCUAAAAAUGCUGACAUCAAAAUGGAAAAGCAUAUGGCGUUUCUUGAUGUCUUAGAUGAUCUUCAAAUGGAGUAUGAUGGUUGGUUAAGGGCUCUAUAUGAACUAGACGCAAAAGCUUAUGAACGUUCAAAAAAAAAUCGAAGACACCAACAUGAAGAUUAAAUCUCAAUCAAUUCUAGUGGUAUUAUCAAAUUCAGAUGUUGAAUGAUAUGACAUAAUUAAUACAAUAACUAAUACAUCAUGAUUCAUAAUAAUAACUAUAAAAAUAAUAAUAGGCCUACUAGACCUAAUAAUAUAGAAUUAAAU